CCGAUGUCGCCGAAAUAAGCGCACACAACACUUGCCGUACCGUGCCGUGUCGGUAUGGAUGUCGUGAUUUGCACCAGUCCAUCCAGUCACGCGGGAAUGCGAUCCCAUUCCCCCUCUCCAACCCGCCAGCCAGCGCCCACAGGAGUCGAGAAGGAUUCGGUACAACCCAACCCAAGCCACCCCCAUAAGCACACCUAAUUCCCAAGCCAACGCAUCGGUUACGAUAUCUCCGCCUCCGCCUCCCAAUCCCCCACCCACGACCAACUGACCCGGUGGGACAUGUCGCACGAGCGAGGGGUCACUUGGGUACCAACAAGCACGCAUGCAUUUUUUUCCCUCUCUUGUCGAUCCCUCUUGAUCCCUCGCGUGCUGGAACAGAGGACUGGGCCGCGUGGGCUGGGAUUUUUUAUUCUUUCUCGUAUAUUGAUUGGAUGACGAUCCUUUGGAUGUAACGAGGUUAGGCGAUCAUUUCGACCCGUUGGGAAUUUCCAACGCAGGGAAUGUGUUGUACUAUGUACAUUGCCCCCCCUCCCCCCAUCCUCGCCUUCAUUUCUUCCAGCUAGAUGAAAAAAUAGGAAAUUCCGCUUAUGUGGUUGCUCUCCGGGCUUCGGCACGUAUACUAUGUAGUAUGUACUUUAUGCAACAGAACGAGCAUCACGAGACCACAACGAUCAACCACGAUACGAUGACGAUUUGCAUAUUUUAUCUCUUUUGGUCGACAAGAUCUGAUCACGAGACGGUGAAGCGAAAGGUAAAACCUCAUUCUUACUUGGAUUAUGAAACCUGCAAAGAACGAUACGAUUCACAAACACCGUCGCCCCCCCCUGUUUUACCCAUCCUUCGCCUCCAAAUUCUAGUCGCCCGCCCGUUAUUCGUGAUGGAUGAGGGUCAGCAGAGCCCAACCCAACGUCGAAGACGAGACGGGUGAGGACCCGACUGGCCGGGUUUGUGUGGAUUUGAAUGUGGGACUGAUUGACUUGACUGACUUGAUUGACAUGCUGUCCGUGCAAAAGGUCAGCGGUACCCGCGCACGAUGAUGAUGACGGUUGGUUGGCAGUUCAUUGUGGGUACGUGCUACGUAUAGUGGGUGGAUAGGCGUUGAUGUUGUGCAUAUGCAGAAUAGGGAUGCAACUAGUGUAUAUAUCUAUUAUUUCUUCGCACUAAGUCACCAAGUAUAUGCGGACGUGUUGGGGGAUCGCAACUCUCUCUCCCAUGAUUUCUGGCAGAUAUUCUGCUCAGGCAUAACAAUAGUCGACCAAAAGAAAUGUAUUUCUCCUCGAGCAUGACAAAGAAGAACUAUCUUUCUUCUUUUCGAGACAGCAAAAACCAAAAAUUGGAUUGCUUCUGCGCUCUGCCCGAACCACCGGACCCUGACUCUCUCGUUGCACAAAACGGCCAUCGCAGCGCAAUCAAGAUUCCAAAUACGAACCGCCCUAGAAUGAAAGAUCAUCGCCCA